CGUGUUUACUUGAGCUGCAUUAUUAUUCCAUUCGUUUUGGCCCGGUUCCAUAUUCUAAGCCGUGUAUAAUUCCGCGGAGUCACGUGGCCGUGCGUCAGGGCAAAAUAAUCAAUGGACAAGCAUCGACCACCGUGCGCCGACGAGGCUCGUGUGUUCAGCGAUUCAGUUGUGCCACAGGGGUGCACUCGCUCGGUGUGGUGGCAACCCUCCCAUUUAUCGUUGCCUCCUGCAGCAGGUAUACUACCGGUUUCUAGGACGUGGAAAAGAUACAUUCGCUUUUACGACACUGCUCCAAUUUACGUUCUCGCACUUUGGCAGAGAACGCAAUGCAAGAGUUCCUAUACUAGAAGAAUUCCUUGAAAAAGAAGAGAAGCUGUAUUCCGCAAUGUGUAUACGCUGCCGACAUGAAAAUUCUAUGUAUAGAUAAAAAAAUAAUUGGAAGUAUUAUGAGAUAUAGUAAACUGGCACGAUGCUAAGCCCGACCCCUCCGAUCGAUCGUCCCAGUCUGCGUCCUGGCACAGGAUACUUGAUCGCACCGCGGGUGCCCCAUGGGCUCGCGACCGUUGUUGAAAGUCUAACGAGGGAGGUUCUACGUCAUCGUCCCGAGGACAUAUACGUUUUUGCAGCCCGCCACUUUGAGAAGCUGCUGAAGCUGCGGGAGGAUUACCAUGCCGAAGAAUACAGCGAUCGUGCGUUCAGCCAUGAAUUCAGUCGCGACUUUAAUCUGUGGCCUACCAAGGAGACCCGAAACCUCAGGAAACCUCCGAAUGGCGGUUGGUCCUUGGAGAAGGAGAUCGAGAUCUUUGAGAGAGGCGAACAGGUGACUGUUGAUGCGGAGGAGAGCCAGGAGGACGUCUCCACUGACAAAGAAAUUCGGAAAUCAUCGAGGCAAGCAUGCUCGAGAGGUGCUGCGACUGUAAAGAAAACCUCGAAGAAAUCCAAGGACAAUAAGACAACGUCGGACGCUCGCGCUACGAGGAUCAUCUCGCAGAUGAGCGCUCUUCCCGGCAAGAAUAUUCAGACCAAGGAUAUCAAGCAGGAGCUCAGAAAAAACAAGCUGAGCGGCGAGAAGUCGAAAACCGAUAGUAUUGAGAAAGGAAUUCGAGGCGACAGGCGAUCCUCUAGAGCGAAAGCUCCCAAGACGGAUGAGGAUCCUGCAGACGAGGUCGAACGUGCGACGACAACGACGACGAGCUCGAGUAGAACGUCUGCACGGAGACCGCUGAAGAAGGUGCGCCGGGUCGAGACCGAGUCCGAGACCGAGACGGAACAUGAAACCGCGGCACUUGAAAAUAGACACGUGAGGUCAAGUGUUAAGGACUGUCGUUCGAGUCGCGAGGCGAUCGCUCGGACUGGGAGCAGGGAGAGGAGACUGGAAGCACGGCUCUCCGAACAUUCCUCCGAGAGGAAAGUAUCGUCGAGGGCGCUCAGCAUGGAUCGCAUCAGGGCGUACGUGCUGCGCAAAUUCGCGAGCACCGCGAGCCUGGAGGUACUGCGAUCGCCCACGUAUGUGGAGCAGGUGCAGGAGGUGAUCGAUCGCGCGGCGCCGAUCAUCAAGGAGAAGUUGGAGGAGAUCGGAAGACCGCGGGGGAAGCGUUCGAAAUCGGUUGACCUGUCAUGGAACGAUGGAUCGCUUUAUCGACACGUUCGUGAGGAAAGAGGACACGACGAGAGACAAAGCGAAAGAGGAAAGAGUGGGAAGCUAGAGAGAGAAACCGACAUUGUGAGGAAAGAGGAGACGGAAGAUUCUUUUCGUAGGGACGAGACGGAGAGAGAAGAGAAGCAAUCGAGGAGGCGCAGCGCGGGAUCGGGCAAGAGAUCGAGAAGGCGCGAGAGCGGUGAUUUCGGAGUCGUCGAUCAGGUUGACGACAACUCGAAGCACAGUAAUAAAUUGGAGCACGAGUCCGGGGCGACGCGCGAUACCUUGGAAGCGAGACUGACCACCACGCAAAACAUCCUAGAAGAUAUCUCGAAGUCAACAUCCGAGUUGGGUGGCGCUCGCAGAAGCGAUCCUGUUGGAAGUGAACCGUCGGAAUAUGAGACCUCCGAUCAAGUGAACGUCGUUUCCUUGCCAGUCGUGAGGCCGCCGUCCUCCAAGAACUCUAGAAGCGCCACCAAAAACGGUUCGGACAAUGUGACAUUGCCACCUAUCUCGCCGGAAGCUCCAAAAUCGACGAAGAAGAAGGAUGAGCUGUCCUUACCGAUUCUGCCGACGGCAACCAACAACGGCAAUCAUUCUGCCAGAAAACCGCAAGAGCAGGACAUUUCCAAAGACGCGGAGGAGGCCUCGACGUUGCACGAUAUUACUAGUGAUAUAGAAGAUAUGGCGGUUCUUCCUGACGGUCACGAAGAUACGAUCGUAGGUGCGAAGCAGAAUCUUGGUAGUGAUCACCAGGAUUUAACAUCGGGUGCAAAGUUUGUCAAUGAAGAGAAACUUGAGAGAGACGAAAAUAUAAACAGAAUUUUUAAGGAAGAUGUUUCGGCGAAACUCGAUGAAAAACGCGGAAGUCUCGAGGAAUUUGAGGAAUUGGAGGAAUUGGAAGAGGGAAGGAAGUCGGAGGAGGUUUUCAGGGACAGUUUAAACGUUACACCGGAAGUAGCAAAUAUACUAGACUUGUUGGAAACUGAUGAAGACAAAGCCAAACUUCAAAAUGAUAAUGUGGAUCCAGCACGAGAGAACACGUUUGAUAGGUUGAAAGAUAAACUGAUCGAGAUCGAGAUGGCGGAACGCAGUAUUGAGAAAGCUUUAGCUUGCCAACAGGUCGCGACGUGUGACACUGGCGAAAUAAUGAGCCAAGCGGAAAAGUCGGUGACUGACAGGAAGAUAAAUGAAGCGAGAGAGCCGACUAAUGAGGCGGAAAAGACUAUGAGCGAAAAACGAAAGUCGAUCGAUGCGGGAAAAAUACCGAUAAAUAGAGACGACGAGAAAAGGAAAAAGAACAACGACGAUGAAAAAAGACAAUCGAUGAAUGAAGAGAUAAAAGAAACAGAAAUAUCAAGUAAUAUGAAAGAUUUAAACCUCGAGGAAAGAUUAUCAAACGGAAAAAUUAACAAAGCAGAAAAAAUAGAAAAUAAAAUAAAAGACUCGACUAAUAAGACCGAAAAUUUAAAUAAAAUAGAAACAUUAGAGAAAGAACUUAAAAAAUUGAAAAGCGAUAAUGAAGCAGAAAAAUUGAAAAGUGAAGCAAAAAUAUCAAAGAAUGAAGUAGAAGAAGUGACUAACAAAACAGAAGUAACGAUCAAAACAACAGAUAACACAAUAAAAAUACAAGACGAGAAACUGAUGGGUAAAACUGAAAAAUUAAUAAACGAAAACGUAUCAAAUGACGUAGAAGAAUUAGCAAUUAAGGUUCAUGUUAAAAAUUUGCAAUCUACAAAUUCAAAAUCGUAUGAUGAAAGUGUUCAGGGUACUGAAGUAAUCGAAACGGACGGUGAUAAUAAUACGACAUCGAAAGAAAAUGUUGAAAAUGCAGCAAAUAAAUUUUCUAAAGGUACAACUUCCGAAAAUGUUACGAUUAAGAACGAAAGCUCGAUAACAAAUCCUCCAAAGGAAACCGGCAAAACGCAGGAAGAGCGAAAAAAACGCGAAAUUGACAAGUUACCGGUGUUGUCACCGCUCUCCUUAGAGGUCCCAUACUCUUAUGUUCUUAGCGAAGGCUCUCCCUGCGAAAUCCCCGAUUCCGUGACGACCGUGAUCUUUCCGGACAGGCCUUGUUGUUCUCCCGUUAUUCUAAACGAAAAUUAUCAGUUUAAAUCAAUGAAUCAAAAAGGGAAAUCAGUUACACGUUUUGGUGAAAAGAUGGUUAAAGAGAUUUCCAAAGAUGAAAGACAGGAGAAGGAUCAGCAUAGAUACGACAUGGAAAUUUUCGGUGAAUAUGUUCAACCAGAAACUAUUCCGUUGCCCGAUACUGAUUUUAAGCGUAGCGUGAAAGGAAAAUCAAGUCAGGACAUAACGAUUGUUCAUCAAGAUUUGGAUAGAAUCAAGGAAGAAGGUGAAGAAGAAACUGAAAAAGAAACUGAUGAUCAAAAAGAAAUAGAAGAUCAUCGAGAGAAGGAAAAUGAUAAAAAGACAGUAAAAGAGGAAGAAACGAAGACACUUUUGACAUUGGAAAACAUUGUCGAGCACGAAGAAAAUGAAGAAACUGAUGUAAAAAUAACCGAGUCUAAGGAUACUGAAGAGAUUUCCUCUUCUGGCCUUGUCGAGUGUGCAUCCGUGCCUGAUAUUAGGGAUUUAACGACUGAUAUUGGUUUGACAAACGAAGAAAAAACAGACGGUGCAAUAGAAUCUAAAAGCGCGUUGGAAAAUUCAUCGGAAGAAAGCGGAAGUACACAGGAUACCAAUACGCCUACGUCGAGCGAUGUGAAGGAGAGUACCGGAAGCAACCGAUCAAUUGAGAGUCCGAGUCCAGGCAGACCAGUAGUACCAGAACUAAACUUGGAUUCACUCCAGGAUAAUACGGUGUCGUCUUUUAAGAUAACGGCAAAUGGAACAGAAAAGGAAGACAAUGGUAGUCCUAGGGAAAGCGAUGCCACUAUUUCCUUGAUUGAACCGUUAAUUUCGGAUGAGAGAUUGAUAAAUCAGCCAGUCACGGCCGAUCAUGAGAAAGAAAUCGUCGCUGAAGAAUCGAGAAAUCUGCAAUCGGAGAUUCCGGAAACCGAUCAAUUAUAUCGCGCUGAACACACGGAGUAUGAAUUGUUGGGAAAGGAUCCGAUGUCUCCGGAAAUUAACUUGGAAGAUAAAACGAAAUCUCAAGAGAAAAAUAUUGAUUCGAAGGGUUUAUCGGAAGAUGACGUACAAGUCGAGAAGGUGCAGGCAGAAGAGUUAGAAAGCGAAGAAGAAAUUGCAAGGGAAUUGAUAGGAUUACUGGAUAAAGAUAUGCAACUUCAAAGUAAAGAAUUAGAUUUGAAACAAGAAUCUAAAGACAGCGGAGAAUCUGAGAAAAGCAGUAUAAAUGUAGACGAUAAAUCUAAUCGGGCACUGACAGCAUCUAUGCAUUCAAUGUUAGUUGAACAAGAAAAGAGACAACAUCAAGAUUCUUUAGAUAAAGUAGAUGAAAUAGUAAGGACUGAAACAACCAGUGAGUUAUCAGAUAAUGUAGCAGAUAUCAGUAAAGAUAACAAAAAUGAAAACAGUGAGAUAAUAGAUAAAGAAACUGGAAAAGUUACAUUGGAAAUGGUAGAAGGAGCACAUAUAGAGAAUUCGCAAAUUGCACCUUUAGCUCACUUUGAGCAAGAUGAAUUAUUAACACAAAAUAGUAGAUCCGAAACAGUUGAUAGAAUUAUUAGUAAAAGUACAUCUGAUACUAUUAAAGAGGAUAUUCAAGAAAAAUUUGAAGAUAAACAAGUAAGUGUUGAAGAAACUGCAAAGAUCCAAAGUAACGAUGCUAAAAUUGAACAAUCGAUUAAAAAACAGGAAGAAAAUAAACAAGAGUUGCAAAGUCAGGAAAAGCGCGAGCAAGGAACAUUAGAAGCAUAUGAGGAAUGCAAUCAAGAAAAAUUAGACGUUCAAGAAGAAAUCAAGCAAGAAAAAUUGAAAAUUCAAAGUAAAGAUAAUCCAGAAGAUAUAAAGAUGAAAGAAGAAAUUAUAGAUGCAACAAUACCCAUAGAAUUAAUAAACUCGAGCAAAGACUCAAAGAACGAAUCAAUAAAAAACGACGAUGAACAUGAAGAAACUAAACCAAAUAAUGAAACCAUUAUUAACGUUUGUGUAAAAGAAGACACGAAAACUAAGACAGAAAAAGAAACUGAAGAUCUUUCGGGGAAAAUAGAAAGCGUCCAUGGGCCAAUUACAAGCGCGAUAUCAGAACAAUCAACGGAAGAUCAUUCUCGUUUUAAACACUGGACCACCGCGGAGAUGAAAUCAUCGACCGUGGAAACGGUGAUUGAAACUUUCGUCUCUAAUACAAGUACAGACGAGAAAACGAAGAUUGUUGCUGAUGCGUCAGAAAUUAUCGCAAAUGAAUCACUUAUUCGAAAGAAGGAUGACUUCCACUCAGCGGUUGUAAAAAUUCAAGCUUGUAUUCGAGGAUUUUUAGCGCGUCGCCGCGCGCGAAGAGAUUUGAACUCAAAAUUUGUUUCAAGCAACGUUCCACCAACGAAAACAGUUACGAGCAAUCGUCUAAUGGUACCGCAGGAUACUUCAAAUCUGAGAGAAUCCAGACGUCUUCGGCGAGAAGAAGCUCUGCGGAAUACGACCCUCUCGUUGGAGAACGCCUUCGCGACGGGUCGGCUUCAACAUACCGGCGAGUUUCACGAUUCUGUACCGUUGCUUCCUUGUGACCUGAUAAAUAAUACUAAUUUAGUUGCCUCAAACAAUUCUUUGGAUGAAAAGAUCGAGGCAAAAGAAGCUAAUUCACCUGAUAUCGCAAAACCUAGUGCCUCUAACGGGAAUGAUGUUCGCGACAGCGAACAUGGAGCGAGUUUUCACAAAGGUAACACCUACGUUGAUCCCACCUUUCCGAUCGUGAUGCACCUGUUGACGGACGCAUCUCACAAUUGCCACUUCACAGUCAGCCAAAAUUCCCAUUCCGACUUUAACGCAAGUGCUGACGGAGAGGGGCUCGUGAAGCCCACCGUAGACAUCCUGAUGCUGGGCUAUCCAAGAGACGACGAGAAUCAAUAUCUGAACUUCAUAACCAGCGUCGAGGAUCUGGGUUCCAAUAUGAAUUCCUUGACUCUGGACGACAUGAUGAAGAGCGCGAAAAAUAUCGACGACGUUCAUCCUUCGACGAUUUCCGGCGAGGGUAGCCCCAGGGAGCCCUUGGCCCUUUCGGACGUUUCUCGGGGUGUCGUGAUCGAGGAGGUGACCAGCUUAGAUGAGCUCGUUCCGUCGGAGUCAACAAAACCAUCGUCUGCGCCUAAGACCUCGUUGGAUACAAAUAGCUCGAUGCCAUCCGACGAAUGCGACGUUGAGGACGCGAAGAAUGAUUUAGGGAUGUCGUCGAGGACGACGGAUGCAGCUGGAGACUGGAAACAAAGAGCUGAGGGACAAGAGUCCGAUCGCAACCAUGAGAAUGUCGAGGAGAGUGAUUUGCGUAGCGAGGAUGCAAAUAAAAGCUGUAACGAGACCUCUGGCGAACACGUGAAAGAAGAGAAGGACGAUAAGACGUGAAUAAUAUCAUAUACUUGUGGAGACUUGUGGGCCAAACGAAACAGGGCAGAAGUCAUGAAAUAAUUGUAAUGAUCGAUCAAUUGGUUCCUACUUGAUUAGAGUCAUCGUUUGCGCGCGAUACGAAGAUUACUAUGAUUUCACUGCACAUUAGAGUAUUUUUACAAAAAGCACUUGCGAUUUAUAUAUCAUUGCGUUUUAUGUUAUUCUUAAAUUGUAAGUCCAGAGUGCCUGUUUAUUGACUCGUUUAUGUAGAAACAAAUAGAUGGUACGAGAAGAGUAUCUCUCUCAGGAAUAGUAUUAGUGUACAUGAGAAAUCACGUAUAGCGCUCACAAUUACUAAUUUACACAGCAAACAAGGUGACGUCAAAUGACGUUUUAAUAAGGUCUCAUUGACGUCUCUGACGUUAAUAAAACAUCAUUGAAGCGUUAUUUAACGUCAUGUUGUUUGCUGGAUACAUACAAAAAAAAAAUACAACGCAAACUCUAGAGUUGCAAUUUUAGAGUUGUUUAGAGUUGCUAAACAAGAACAGUCUUUCCCCGCUUUUUACGUAGUUUAAAAGACAUAUUGUAUAUCUCCGUAGGCAAAAAAAAACAGCAAAUAAAUUGCAUAUAUAAGAUAACUUUAAAAAA